AUGAGUAAAGGCAAAAUCAUCCAAUUAUCCAUAGUUACGCUUCUUGGCGCGGCCAUAACUAUUCUGGCGUUAUACAUGUUCAGCGAAGGUCCAACGGGAACCCUUACACACGAUGAUAUCAAAUCACUCAGUGCUGAAAAUCCAUUCAGGUUUAAGGAUUCUGGUGAAAACGGAGAAAACACCGUUACAGAGGUUAAGUUCUUUACUUGUUUGAACAAAAUUUUGAAGUCCCUGAAAUCCGCAGAUAAUAAUCUUAUUCGAGUUUUGUGCUGCAACGAAAUUCUUGAAAAAGAAGCAGAGGAAAAAGGAAAUGGUGAAAGGGAGGCACAUGUAAGGAAUGCGAUCAUUGAAGCUAGAAACUUGAUGUUUGGGGUCUCAAAUUCCAAAGAGACUAUUGAAAAGAUAUUGAAGAAAGGAAAUGAAAAAAGCGGUGAGGAACUUAUAGAAGCUAUUCCAAGUGCAUUUUUUGAAGCCCUAUCAGCCGAGCAACCCCAUAAACAAGCAAAGGGUGAGGAGCUCAACACUGCACUGGCCAAUCUUUUUAUCUGGUUAUGGCUCAAUGGAUCUCUUCCAGAGGAUAAGAAUACACAAACAUUCCGCAAGACUUAUGCAGACAAUCAGAGUGUUCAAAACCUUCUCAAGAGUCUGGAUGAGGAAACCAAAGGGGUUGCAAACUCAAAAAUAUCUGUUACAAUAGAAAACAAGGAAAUUAGCAUGUCAGUGAUUGAGCACAUACUUACCUCCAUAUUCCAAGCAAGUAUGCGCAUGGGAAGUGGUAUUCCUCAGGUUAGCUUGCCAGUAAAAAUGGCUAUUAUAUCUGCAGGAGCAGGUUUAGAAAAAGAAAAGCCUAAGGAUAUUAAUCAGGGAAAGGGAAUUAUUGAGUUUCUUUUUGGAUCGAAUGAAGAUAAAAGCAAGAACGAAACUUCUGCUGACGAAGCUAAGUCUACUACUGAUGCUGAUGGUGCGAAAUAA